AUGAAGUGCCUCCUGCUUGCCCUGGGCUUGUCCCUCAUGUGUGGCAACCAGGCCACCGACAUCCCCCAGACGAUGCAGGAUCUGGACCUCCAGGAGGUGGCAGGGAAGUGGCACUCUGUGGCCAUGGUGGCCAGCGACAUCUCCCUCCUGGACUCCGAGAGUGCCCCUCUGAGAGUGUACGUCGAGGAGCUGAGGCCCACCCCCGAGGGCAACCUGGAGAUCAUCCUGCGCGAAGGGGCAAACCACGUAUGUGUUGAGAGGAACAUUGUGGCCCAGAAGACUGAGGACCCAGCUGUGUUCACGGUCAACUAUCAAGGGGAGAGAAAGAUUUCCGUGCUGGACACAGACUACGCCCACUACAUGUUCUUCUGUGUGGGGCCCCCCCUGCCCAGCGCUGAGCACGGCACGGUGUGCCAGUACCUGGCCAGGACCCAGAAGGUCGACGAGGAGGUCAUGGAGAAAUUCAGCAGAGCCCUCCAGCCUCUGCCAGGGCACGUCCAGAUCAUCCAGGACCCGAGCGGGGGACAGGGGCGGCAUCUUUCUCCCAUGGUGGCCUCCCAGGAGGCGGGUGGCGGGCAGGUGGAGGGUGCAGAGCCCCUGAGAGCGAUGCGGUUUCUAGGCGAGCUCCGGCCCGUCCGCCUCAUCGGCCCCAUGCACACAGAGGGAGAGCCCCUGAGCAUUGCAGACCCCCAGGUCCACAUGGCCCGGUCAGAGGCAGAGGUGGACAUGGACCCGGGCUGGUUCAGCUCCACAUCCCGGCUCUAA